CCGAGCAAAGCAAAUUCCAUAUCCAUACGCAAUGAGGUAUUCCAAAAAGAAGAAUCGCCAACCAACUGGCAGAAAGAGCGAACCCGUCGCACCAGACGACAGAACGUUCCUUUUCUGUGUCGAACCCUCGGAGCUCCCGGAACCUCUCCCGUCGUUAGAGGUGAUCGAAAAUUCGCCAGCAAACGAGGUUCUCCAGGAGGAUACAGGUUCUCGUUGUGUUUGUAUUGACGACACUUAUGUUGUCAAGUACGGCGACUAUGUCUUUCCGAUCGAAGGGGAGAACCUCCGAUAUAUCCGGGAAAAUACGGACGUCCUGCUCCCAAAACUCUUUGCAGUUUACCAGCGGCCAGGGAAAUAUAACCGCCUCGUAACGUACGUCGUGAUGGAGUACAUCCCUGGCGAUAGCCUCGAGAACCUAUGGCCGACCCUAGAUGACAGCAAAAAGGACUCCAUCGCGUCUGAGUUGCGGCGGAAUUUCGACACCCUCCGAGGUUUACCAUGUCCAUCCCCGGGAUCUUUUUGCAGCCUGCGAGGAGAAAAACUCUACGACGGGACGUUCUACGGAUACGAUGACAGCCGCGGCCCGUUGCGUACCGAGAACGACCUCGUACAAGCUAUACUCGAUGCGUAUGAGUGCUACGCACCCAGCUCGAUACGGUACAGAGCAAAGUUUUACCGUCGCGUCCUCCCCGAGGUGCUCCGAGGUAACGACACUCCCGUGUUCACUCACAACAGCCUCCGGCAGAAGAAUAUCAUCAUCCGGGAGGACGGAACGGCGGUGCUUCUCGGCUGGGGAGAGUCGGGAUGGUAUCCGUCAUACUGGGAAUAUGCAACGGCUAUGGUCAAACACGAGGCGGAGAGUCGGGGGUGGGAGGAUGAUGGCUGGCAUCUCUUCCUUGGGAAGAUCUUGGAAGAAUUCCCAAAUCAAUACGUUUGGAUGAGCAGGUUGCAUUAUGAACGGUUUGAGUUAUAGAUUUCACUAUCAGAAUCGACCCCAUCAAUCUCACCAUUGACACAUUUCACUGUAAAAGUAUGCGCGAAAAGCAUGCGUGCGCUGAU